AUGCCGCCAGCAUUCGAGUUCCGCGGGAACAACAAUAGCAGGACUGACCGGCGAGCGCCGCGUCCCAAGCAGGAAUUCACGUUUCGGUACCCGCGGCCUGGAACUGCAGAACGUCCCCUGCUAAGGAAACAAAGAGAAACGACACCGGAGCUUUUGCUUGGCGCGAAUGGUAGCAGUGAGAAGCCUGCGCUGAAGUUUGCGGCGAUCGGGGAUCUCAGUGAUAGCGACGAGGCAGAGAUGGAUGUCUCCUCGGAGGAUGAGGAUGAGGAUUCUCGCCCUCGCAAGAAGCGUAUCGUCGAGGCGGAGAAGCCUGCUCCAGCACCUGCUCCGCGAUGGUCGAAUCCUGAUCCGUACACUGCCCUUCCGCCGCCCGAUGAAUCGCAGUCAAAGAAGGUAGACGUGGUGAAGAUGAUUCGGAAGGCACGACUUGCCGCCAGCGCGUCGCGCCCAGAGGACAGUGAUGCCGUUGUAACGAAUGAAGACUUUAUAUCCUUUGGCAUGGAAGACGAGGAGGAAGACGGAAACAGGGCUCCCGAGAAUGCACCCAGGGGCCCUAGGAGUCAGCUUCAGGAGUCCGAUCCGGCUCUUGGAAAUCGCAAACGAACCCACGACGAUGAAAUCAAAGGGUUUUCCAAGAAGCUUGGCAAACCGAUCAGCAGGUUUUAUGCCGAUGGUUCAAUAUUGGACGAGUGGAGAACUUUGACGCGGGAAACUGCAUCGCCGUGGCUGGAUAGUAUGCCGUCAAGCUUACAUCUAGGUGCCAGACUGCAUAAUGAAAUUCUUAGUUUCUACCACUGGGUGAAACCUCAGUUCUAUGAACAAAUUGUUCGGUCGGACUUGAUUGCCAGGCUACAGUCGGCAUUUCAAAACAGAUAUUACGGUGUCCAACUGCGUCCGUUUGGCUCGUUCGCAUCUGGCCUCUACCUGCCCACUGCCGAUAUUGAUCUUGUGAUGCUUUCCAGCAACUUCAUGCGCAACGGCAUUAGGACAUUCGGUGAACGAAAAGGUCAGAUCUACGCCUUUUCAGCCUUUUUGAAGAACCUCGAUAUUGCAGUCCCAGGCUCUAUAGAAACCAUCGCACAUGCAAGGGUCCCGAUCUUGAAGUUUGUGGACAAGUUGACGGGCUUGCGCGUCGACUUGUCCUUUGACAAUGACAGUGGAAUCGUCGCCAACAGGACUUUCCAGCAGUGGAAAGAAGAGUUCCCUGCCAUGCCCGUGGUUGUAUCUGUCAUCAAACAAUUUCUACUUUUGCGCGGUUUGAACGAAGUGCCCACCGGUGGCUUGGGUGGGUUUUCCAUCACUUGCCUUGUUACCAGUCUGAUGCAGCACCUGCCUCAUGGUAGAGUAGAGCAGAACCUUGGCAGUCUUUUGAUGGAUUUCUUUGAUUUCUAUGGCACCAAGUUCGACUACGAAACAGUUGGCAUCAGGAUGAGCCCGCCCGGCUAUUUCAACAAGCGCGUCUACAAGGUUUAUAGAGAAAACAACAACGAGCGUCUUGCCAUCGAAGACCCCAACAACCCGGAGAAUGAUAUCUCAGGCGGAACCCGCGAAAUCCACCUAAUUUUCAGGUCAUUUGCGAACGCUUACCGGGUACUCAAGACUCAGAUGUUAUCGACGUCCAUGUCUGCAACUUCAGAGACUAGUAUCCUCAGCACUAUUAUUGGUGCCAACUACGAGGAGUAUGCGGCACAGAGGAGUCGCCUCCACCGUGUAUUUCUCACUGACCCUCGAUUUGCUCAAUACCAAACGCCACCCACGCCGCCUCCUCCGCCAGGACCUCCGCCGCCAGUCGAAUCCGCUCCUCCACCGCCUCCUCCAGGACCCGCGCAAAAGGACAAGGCGACAAAAAUGCAGAAGAGACAGCAGGCCUUGCGCGAUCGUGCUCUUCGUCUCAAGAAAUUGCGACCUGAUAUUGCUUCCACGAUCCCAAAAUCCAUCAGUAACGAACAGGCCCUCAAACUCGGAGGCUAUCAGACUCAAUCUGAGAUGGACCGAGACCUUCUUACCCGAGAGAAGACAAUGCAGGUCUCGGCGUCGACCUGA